UCUAAAGUUGCUCUGACACAUUGCACAUGGAAUGAUGCUAGGCGGGAGAGAAGGAAGGGAGGAAAGGAGAUCAAGGAGUCAGGCGGAGAAGGAAAAACACAUUUACAGAGCUUGUAAAGCUCACCUCUCACAAGUUGAAGGAAUGGGCAGCUUCCCAGCGGUCCUGCUCCUCUGCGUUUUCCACGCGCUCACAGCUGUAGUCCAAGCCCAGGAGACCGUGCCACCUGGAGAUAUCACAUUACCAUCUCACUGCAGGGAGGAGAUGUAUCCUUGCACCAGGAUGUACUCAGUUCACAGACCCAUCAAGACGUGUCUCGGCAGACUUUGUCUCUACAGCCUUCCACGCGUAUAUGUGAUCAAUAACGAGAUCUGCGUGCGGACGGUGUGCCAGCAAGACGAAUAUCUGAAAGCUGAACUGUGCAGGGAGUUGUCUGGGUGGCCCAAACGUAUUGCGAGGUCUUCUUCUGGGAAGCGCUGCCGCAGCCGUCGCAACAAGCCGAAGACCUGGGCAAACCAGGCCUGAUGUGCCCCAGAGAGGAGAUUUCAUCCAUCAGUGAGGAUGGUGCAUCAGGGGGGAAUAGCAAAACCAUAAAGACAGUACUCAGCAGAAGGAGAUCUCCUUCUUUUCAGUUAUGUCUUUAUUCAUGUAUCAACCUUUUUUUUGUCUGUGAAUACUGAUGUAAUGUUCCACUCAUGAGAGUUUUGGGACUUCCAUGGUUUAUGAUCCAUUUAAGGUACUGUAGUAAUGAGUUAUUUUAUGUUAGAUAGAAACAAAAAGUAAAACUUCACUGCAAACUUACUGACAUUCCAGUUUUGUGCACAUCAGUUUAAGCAAUAAAAUACAACAAAACUUGA